GGUCCUGUAGGUGUCAGCCACCUACCUCACUUUUUCUCACUUACCUUACCUGUCUUUGCGCUCUUCUUUAACUAUUCUAUUCUGCUUCUACUUCAAUAAAACCCUAUCUCCCUCACUCACUCACUCACUCGCUCAUACCCACUCUUCCAUUCUCAACGUUCUUCUCUUCCUACACCAACCACAAUUCUCUCUUCACUCAUGGGCAAGGUCAAGAUCGGAAUCAACGGAUUCGGAAGAAUUGGGCGUUUGGUUGCCAGGGUUGCUCUUCAGAGAGACGAUGUCGAACUCGUUGCUGUUAACGAUCCUUUCAUUACCACCGAUUACAUGACAUACAUGUUUAAAUACGACAGUGUUCACGGACACUGGAAGCAUCACGAAGUUUCCGUCAAGGACUCUAAGACCCUUCUCUUUGGUGACAAGCCAGUCACUGUUUUUGGCCACAGGAACCCUGAAGAGAUCCCAUGGGCCGAGACUGGAGCUGAAAUCAUUGUUGAGUCCACCGGAGUUUUCACCGAUAAGGACAAGGCUGCCGCACAUUUGAAGGGUGGUGCAAAGAAGGUUAUCAUUUCUGCCCCCAGCAAGGAUGCUCCCAUGUUUGUUGUUGGUGUUAACGAACAUGAGUACAAGCCAGAGCUUGAUAUCAUUUCCAAUGCUAGCUGCACAACCAACUGCCUUGCUCCACUUGCCAAGGUCAUCAAUGACAGGUUUGGCAUUGUUGAGGGUUUGAUGACCACUGUUCAUUCCAUCACUGCUACCCAGAAGACUGUUGAUGGGCCAUCAGCCAAAGACUGGAGAGGUGGAAGGGCUGCUUCGUUUAACAUCAUUCCUAGCAGCACUGGAGCUGCCAAGGCUGUUGGGAAAGUCCUCCCAUCUUUGAAUGGAAAAUUGACUGGAAUGGCAUUCCGUGUUCCUACUGUCGAUGUCUCUGUUGUUGACCUCACAGUGAGGUUGGAGAAGCCAGCUUCAUAUGAAGAUAUUAAAAAUGCUAUCAAGGAGGAGUCAGAGGGCAAGUUGAAGGGAAUUCUUGGUUACACCGAAGAUGAUGUGGUCUCCACCGACUUUGUGGGUGAUAGCAGAUCAAGCAUUUUUGAUGCAAAGGCUGGAAUUGCAUUGAGUAAGAAUUUUGUGAAGCUUGUGUCGUGGUACGACAAUGAGUGGGGAUACAGCUCCCGCGUGAUUGACCUGCUUGUUCACGUUGCCAAGAAGUCUGCAUAAAUAGUACCUUAUUAUGUUUAGUGUCUUGCUCGUGAAAAAAAUGAGUCUGAAUAAAUCUGUUUUCCCGAACCAGUGCACUGUUAGGAGCAUUAAGCUGCUCUUCUCUCUUUUCUAGCUUUUUGGCGUGGCAUCUUUUGUGGAGGGGAUGGAGUUUUUGUACUUUUAUAUACUUGCUGAUGUUGUACUCGGCUUUAUUGAUUCUAAUAUUAGACACUUGCCCUCCUUUAUUCAACCAUGUGUCAUAGUUCUCGAGUGUUUGAACCCCUCCUACUCCUUUAAAUUAUUAAAUUCUUGGUUUA